AUGACAUCAUCACCAUCGCCUGUGUCGUCGUCGCCGACUUCAACUCCAUCGAAUCUCUGGUUGAACCAUCCAACCUUGCGUCCUGGAAAAUCAGAGCGCGAGAAAGCGUCCUCGUUGACUCCCAUCACAUCCCCUACUCAUACGAAGAACAAAAAGCGGUUACAAAGUCUCCUCCUCGUACUCCACGGGGCGAAGAUCAAAACGAAGCGUGGGCGGGAACAUGUGAGGGAAAUUAAACGCUCGUUAGAGAAGCAUGGGGUGACUGCAAGUUGUGUGCACGAGAAAGUGACGACAAAAGAGGGGGAUUGCAUCGCCAUCGUGCGUGAUUCAAUCGUGUUACAAUCCUCGUCAUCACAAGAGUCGCCAAACCCUAAUCCAGUUAUCGAUGCAAUUUUCGUGAUGGGCGGCGACGGGACGCUGCGGGAAGCGGUUCAAGGGUACGUGGAAGCGAGACGCGUGAAACCUUUGGGAGUAAAAGAAAACCACGUACCGAUAGUCGCUUUGCCGUGUGGCACUGGUAAUAAUUUUGCGAGAGAUUUGAACUGUUUUACGAUCGAAGAUUGUUUUCGAUUGGCGUUUGAAAGAGGCGAGGCGAGGGACGUGGACGCGGUGCAGAUUGAAAGUUUCGUAAAAGACGACGACGAGAAAGAAAAGAAGAAACGAUCAAUAAAGACGAUCAGCAUUAACGUCGUGACGUGGGGGAUGGCGAGAGAUGCGGCGGAAACGGCGGAAAAGAUGCGCUUUUUAGGUCCAAUUCGGUACGAUUUGGCUGGAUUUUAUCACAUUUUGAAGAACAAAUCCAACGUCGCUUCGUUAACCGCGGAAACGCCUUCAAUGCAACUGAAAGGCUCGUGCACCGACGACGAUUUCCUCAUGCUCUUCGCUCAAAACACGCGCUGUUCCGGUCGAGGAUUCCAUUUCACUCCCUUGGCGAAACUCGACGACGGUUUGAUCGACGUCGUCGUCGCCAAAAAAUGCGGGUUGAUGAAAACCGUCGCCCUUUUCGACGAUACCAAAGAACCAAAGCGCGGCGCGCACGUGGAGAAAAAAGAUGACGUUUUUUACAUCCAGUGCGAAAAAUUGAAAAUCGAGACUCACGACAGAGAAGAACUCGUCGGCGUCGAUGGUGAGGUCACUUUGAAAACGCCCGUCGAGUUGGAGUGUUUGAGAGGCGCGUUUAGCGUUUAUGGACGACGACAAAAACGACUGAAGAAGGCUUUUUUUGCCUCAAUCCGAGAACAGCAAGAACAAGAACAGAAUUCCAUACACAUAUUCGACGGAGAUACGAAUUUGCCCCCGUUAGUUCAAACGCGGAUUACUCUCACUUGUACGACUCCUCCUCCAGCUCAAAGCGUCGAUGACGAUUCCCCCUCUACUUCUUCGUACUUCUUGGACGUGGUAAAACCACCCUCGGUGGAAGACUUGUACGACUGGUAUACUACUUAUAAUCAAACGGAUAAUCCUGAUGAAUCCUGGGCAAACGUUUGGGAAACUGAAGUGGAGUUGAUUCGAAAAUACAUCGAACGCGACAUCGACGAAGAAGCGGCUUCAAAUGAUAAUAUAAUCAUCGAAGUCGGCGCGGGCUUAUCCUUCGCCGCUUUACUACUCGCGAAAUAUUUCCGGAAGAAAUGUCUUUUGUUAGAUCGGGAACCUCUGGCGUUGCACUGCGCGUUAUCGACGGCGAAGGUGAACGAAGUGGAGGUUUCAGCGGUGGACAAAUUUGAAGAUGUGAAAGGAAAGAAUAAAGGUAUCGUCGCGGCGGCGAUGUUCGAUUGGAGCAAAAGUGUGACGAGAGAGAGUUUACAUUUGAAGAAUAAAGCGCGGACGAUCAUCGGCGCGGACGUGCUCUACGACCCGGAGACGUGUACAGAUUUAGCGAACGCGUGCUCGAUAUUAGGCGAGAAGGUCAUCUUGUGCGAGUUGAGAAGAGAACGCGCGAUUGGUCUGCAAGCAAAAUUUUUCGACGAGUGCGAAAAACUCGGCGCGACAAAGUGUGAGAUUGACAAGGAUAUGUCCUCGGAGGAGUACGUAUUUUUAGUCGUAGAGUUUUGA